AUGACAAAUUCCACGGAGCGAUUAGACUCGAAGGCGAUCAGGAUAGCACCAAACGAGCUACACAUCGACGACGUCAAGAUGUACAAGGAGAUUUACAACCAGACGGCGACUUAUACAAAACAACCAGACUUCUACGCCGGAUUCGGAACACCACAUUCUGACAAGGUUGAACAACUUGGAAAGCGCAUCGAUAAGCAGAACGGUCCCUACAACUUAUUCAACGCUGUAAGGUGCACAACUGUCGAUAUCAUAUCUCACUACUGCACUGGAGAGCCCCUUGGCCAACUCGAAAACAGCGAUGAAAACUUCAACGGUGACUUCUUGGAUGCAUUUGAUGCCGUCUCCGUCUCUCUCUGGAAGUUCAUGUAUCAGCCUGUCUUCCGAAGUUUGAUGUUUGGCAUCCCCGCAAGUAUUGCCAAGAUCGUGAGCAGGGACGCACGACUGAUGAUAAAGCUCUACGGAGAGUGCCACAAAUCUGCGCUCAACUUCAAACAGAAUACACCCAAGUCUUCACAUGGUACAGUUUUCAGCAGCCUGUCUGAUCUUGAUGAGAAAGACAUGGGAGACGAAGCAGUCGACUUGCUCAUUGCGGGAUCGGAUACCACAGCGUACACACUAGCCGUAGCUGUUGUGCAAAUCUGUCAGAACACCCAAGUCAAGAAGAAGCUCGUGGAAAGUCUAAAUGCCGGAAUUUCUGAUGUCAAGAAUUUGCCUUCACUGUUGGGUUUGGAACAAAUCGCGUACCUGAACGCCACAGUUCGUGAAGCCUUGCGAUUCGCUAUUGCGGCUCCCGGAAGACUGCCGCGCGUCGUUCCCCGGGAUAGCAAACCUCUCGUUAUCGACGACCAAGUCAUCCCUGCAGGAAGCAUCAUUGGCAUGUCGGCGUACACUAUGAACUUCAGCAAGGAGCUCUGGGGCAAGGAUGCCGCAGAGUUCAAUCCAGAUUGGUGGUUGGGUGAAGAUGGAAAGAGUCUGGACACCAAUAUGUGCUCAUUCUCAAAGGGUCUUCGAAGUUGUCUUGGGCAGAAUCUUGCAUUCGCAGAGAUGCAUUACAUUCUGGCAUAUCUCUUCGCCAAGUAUGACAUGGAGCUGGUUGACAAGUCGGAUAAUAUUAAGGUUCACGACCGGUUUACAACUUAUGUCACGAACCAUGCCAUUAUGGUAGAUAUGAAGAAGCACAAGGCUUAG